AUCAACAUUUCUGUUUCUCAAAUCGAAGGACAGACAGCGCCCUGCUCCAUCGAUAGACAAACCCCUACAGCGAUGGCAAGACGGAGAGAUGAUGAAGACGAUGAGUUUGAAGAUGAAGACUACGAAGAAGAGCAGGUGAUGGACGACGAGGAAGAGGAUGAAGAAGAGGAGGAGGAGAGAGGUAGGUCGAGCAGGAAGCGCGGAAGAUCAAAUUUCAUUGACGAUGUUGCGGAGGAAGACGAGGAGGAGGAAGAAGACGACGAUGAUGAAGAUUUUGGGGGGAGACGGCAGAAGCCUAAGCGCCGGGCUUCUCAAUUUUUUGAUCUUGAGGCACAGGUGGAUAGCGAUGAGGAAGAGGAAGAAGAGGAGGGAGAAGACGAUUUCAUAGUUGAUGGUGGUGCUGAUGUACCGGAUGAUGAUGAUGGUAGAAGGAUGCAUCGCCGUCCAUUACUGCCCCGCGAGGAUGAACAGGAGGAUGUUGAAGCUCUUGAGAGAAGAAUUCAGGCAAGAUAUGCCAGAUCAAGUCAUGCAGAGUAUGAUGAGGAGACCACUGAAGUAGAUCAGCAAGCCCUGUUGCCUUCAGUAAGGGAUCCAAAGCUGUGGAUGGUGAAAUGUGCGAUUGGACGUGAACGCGAGACAGCUGUCUGCCUGAUGCAAAAGUGUAUUGACAGAGGAUCUGAAUUACAAAUCAGAUCAGCUAUCGCCCUUGAUCACCUCAAAAACUACAUUUAUAUUGAAGCAGACAAGGAAGCCCAUGUGAGAGAGGCUUGCAAGGGUCUGCGUAACAUAUUUGGUACGAAAAUUAUGCUUGUUCCAAUAAAAGAAAUGACUGAUGUUCUUUCAGUUGAAAGUAAAGCGAUUGAUCUGUCUAGAGAUACCUGGGUCAGAAUGAAGAUUGGAACAUACAAGGGUGAUCUUGCUAAAGUAGUUGAUGUGGAUAAUGUACGGCAGAAAGUUACGGUGAAAUUAAUCCCAAGGAUUGACUUGCAGGCUCUUGCAAAUAAAUUGGAAGGGAGAGAAGUUCCAAAGAAGAAGGCAUUUGUGCCGCCUCCUCGAUUUAUGAAUAUUGACGAAGCUAGGGAACUUAAUAUUCGUGUAGAACGUAGGCGAGAUCCAAUGACUGGUGAAUACUUUGAGAAUAUUGGUGGGAUGUAUUUUAAAGAUGGUUUCCUGUAUAAAACAGUAUCCAUGAAAUCCAUCAGUGUUCAAAAUAUAAAACCUACUUUUGAUGAACUUGAAAAAUUUCGAAAGCCUGGUGACAAUGGAGAUGGUGAUGUAGCUAGUUUGUCAACUUUAUUUGCAAAUAGAAAGAAGGGCCAUUUCAUGAAGGGUGACCCAGUUAUAGUUAUCAAGGGGGAUCUGAAGAAUUUGAAGGGCUGGGUUGAAAAGGUUGAGGAAGAGAAUGUCCACAUCAGACCAGAAAUGAAGGGCCUUCCUAAAACACUUGCUGUCAAUGAAAAGGAGCUCUGCAAGUACUUUGAACCUGGAAAUCAUGUGAAGGUUGUCUCUGGGACAAAGGAAGGGGCAACUGGUAUGGUUGUCAAGGUUGAGCAACAUGUGCUCAUUAUUUUGUCUGACACCACAAAGGAACAUAUCCGUGUUUUUGCUGAUGAUGUUGUGGAAAGCUCUGAGGUAACAACUGGUGUAACAAAGAUUGGAGAUUAUGAGCUUCACGAUCUUGUGCUGUUAGAUAACAAUAGCUUUGGUGUAAUUAUACGUGUAGAGAGUGAAGCAUUUCAGGUUCUUAAGGGAGUUCCAGAGAGGCCAGAUGUUUCUCUGGUCAAAUUGAGGGAGAUCAAAUGUAAGAUAGAUAAAAAGUUUAACGUGCAAGACAAAUAUAGGAAUACUGUCUCUGUGAAAGAUAUCGUUAAGAUCCUUGAGGGUCCUUGCAAGGGCAAGCAAGGCCCCGUAGAACAUAUAUACAAGGGAGUCUUGUUCAUUUAUGAUCGACAUCACCUUGAGCAUGCUGGUUUCAUAUGUGCUAAAUCCAAUUUUUGUUGUAUUAUCGGAGCUUCACGUGCCAAUGGUGAUAGAAAUGGUGAUUCUUACUCAAAAUUUGGAAGUUUCAAAGCUCCACCACGUAUACCCCAAUCACCAGGUAGAUUUUCCAGGGGCGGCCCUCCAAAUGAUUCUGGAGGAAGGCACAGAGGGGGAAGAGGAGGGCAUGAUGCUUUAGUUGGUACUACAAUAAAAAUUCGCCAGGGCCCUUUCAAGGGUUACCGUGGACGUGUUGUGGAUAUAAAAGGUCAAUUAGUUCGGGUUGAGUUGGAAUCCCAAAUGAAGGUUGUUUCAGUUGAUCGCAAAUUCAUAUCUGAUAAUGUUGUUGUUUCAACACCUUACCGUGAUACGUCUCGAUAUGGUAUGGGAAGUGAAACUCCAAUGCAUCCUUCGCGAACUCCACUGCAUCCAUACAUGACACCUAUGAGAGAUCCUGGAGCAACACCUAUACACGAUGGCAUGAGAACUCCAAUGCGUGACCGAGCAUGGAAUCCUUACACACCAAUGAGUCCACCAAGGGACAACUGGGAAGAGGGGAAUCCUGCCUCCUGGGGAACUAGUCCACAGUAUCAGCCAGGAAGUCCUCGAACGUAUGAAGCACCUACACCUGGUUCAGGUUGGGCAAGUACUCCUAGUGGCAGUUAUAGUGAAGCUGGAACACCAAGAGAUAGUGGCUCAGCUUAUGCCAACGCACCAAGCCCUUACUUGCCAUCAACUCCUGGUGGUCAGCCAAUGACACCAAGCUCAGCAUCCUAUCUUCCUGGAACACCUGGAGGGCAACCAAUGACACCUGGAACUGGUGGUCUUGAUGUUAUGUCUCCAGUAAUAGGUGCAGAAAAUGAUGGACCGUGGUUCAUGCCAGAUAUUUUGGUUAACAUACGGAGAUCAGGAGAGGAAACUGUGGGAGUUAUCCAAGAGGUGCUACCGGAUGGCUCUUGCAAGGUGGCCCUGGGAUCAAGUGGCAAUGGCGAAACAGUAACAGCCCUGUCUAAUGAAAUGGAGAUAAUACCACCAAGGAAAAAUGACAAGAUCAAGAUCAUGGGUGGUGCUUUACGCGGAGUCACUGGCAAGUUGAUUGGUGUAGAUGGCACAGACGGAAUUGUUAGGAUGGAUGACAGUCUUGAUGUCAAGAUUUUGGAUUUGGUUAUACUGGCAAAACUACCAUGAUGAAAUUGCAAUAAAAUUAAAAUUCACAUUGUAUAUUAUUUCUUUCAUUAUUAUUAUUAUUAUUAUUAUCAAAUUUUGAGAGCAUCCUUCUAGGUGGGUCUCCUGUAUUCACAAUGUUCUUUUAGCCUUAUUGAAAGAUGACCGAAAGAGGUCAUGCUAACUUGCUAUUUUAUACUUUUUAGGGUUUCAUCUCCUUUCAUAGAGGCUUUAAAGUACUGAAGAGAGUAGAUUUAUAACAGGGUAGUAAGGAAAACCGAUACAAACAUUCUUGAUAUCUAAUGGUCACAACUAGAUAUUGGGAAAUAAAACAUUUUUAUUCAUGUAUAUUUGUAUUUUUUUUUCACAAACUAGAAUAUAGCUUUUGAAACUUC